CGAUGUAACUUAGUAACUGGGUACAUUAGAGGACAGGUCACUGCAUUAUUUUUUUGGCUCCGCUCCCGUUUCUCUGUUUUAGUUUCACGGCCCGGAGGCAGGCACUGGGUGGUCAGAACAGGCCUUCCGGUGUUUAAGGCGGAGACGCAAUUGGCCAGGUUGUUGACAUGAUGGAUGGACGGACGCCCAAUAGGAAGCGAGAGGGGAGGGACCAGUGGUUAAGCUGGCUGAGGGCGUUGCAUGGAACAAGCUGUCACGGUAUGGAAGCAGAGGAGACGAUGGGUUGCAUUCAGGAGUUCCCAGACCAUUACAAAGUGAUGUUGGACAGACUAAAUGAACAGCGAGAACUUGAUCAGUUUACUGACAUCACAUUAAUAGUGGAUGGUCAUCAGUUCAAAGCUCACAAGGCCGUUCUUGCUGCAUGCAGUCACUUCUUCUACAAGUUUUUUCAAGAUUUCACUCAGGAGCCAUUAGUGGAAAUUGAAGGUGUCAGCAAUGCAGCCUUUCGCCACCUGAUAGACUUUACCUACACCGCAAAACUGAUGAUACAAGAUGAGGAGGAGGCUUGUGACAUAUGGAAAGCAGCAGAAUAUCUACAGAUGCAGGAGGCCAUCAAAGCACUUGAAUUCAGGAACAAAGAAAGUAUUAUAAUUGAGGCUGAGGCCCGAACAGAAAGCACAGACAGUAUAAAGAAGUGGAAGAUUGCAGAAUCUUCAGAAGUUAUCACAGAAACGUUACCGGCUUCAGAUGGAGAACCGCUGGAAAUCGAAGUAGAAAUAGGUGAAAAAACAAUUGAGCUCGAUGACAAUGUGGCAACCAUGGAAGAGGUGGCUACUGCAGAGCAGUCCAUUAAGUACAUCCAAAGCACUGCUACAUCCGAUGAUUCUGCCCUGGCACUCCUGGCUGACAUUACCAGCAAAUACCGCCAUGGGGAAAGAAAAAGGCAGUUAGAGGAGGAGAGUAGCAACGAAAGCGAUGCCGCCGGCAAACAGGUAGAAGGCUCUGAAAUUAUGGAGGUUCAUCUGUCACAUGUCAACAACAUGUUCCAUUGUCAGAAAUGUAAUCGUUCAUUUAAAUUGUUUUACCAUUUCAAGGAACAUAUGAAAUCACACUCCUCGGACACUUUCAAGUGUGAAAUAUGCAAUAAAAGGUACGUGCGGGAGAUUGCCUGGAAGCAGCACCUUACCUGUUACCAUAUGGAUGAAAGCACAGCCAACAAGAGGCCGAGACCAGGCAAAAAGAUACACGUGUGCCAGUACUGCGAUAAGCAGUUUGACCACUUUGGACAUUUUAAAGAGCAUCUGCGUAAGCACACAGGUGAAAAACCAUUUGAAUGCCCUAACUGUCACGAGCAUUUUGCCAGAAACAGCACCCUAAAGUGUCACCUGUCAGCUUGUCAGUAUGGCGUCGGUGCCAAAAAGGGAAGGAAGAAGCUGUAUGAAUGCCAGGUUUGCAACAGUAUCUUUAAUUGUUGGGACCAGUUUAAGGACCACCUGGUGCUUCACACUGGGGAAAAGCCGAAUCACUGCACGCUUUGUGAUAUGUGGUUUAUGCAAGGCAGCGAGCUAAGGAAACAUCUACAAGAGGCUCACAACAUCUCCGAGAGAAUAGUGACAGAGGUCGUUCUUCCGUCCGAAACCACAGAGACUGAGUCUGUAUCGUCCAUGACAUUUGUGGAACAGGUGGAACAAGUCCACAUGGUGCCUGUAGACCAGGUUAUACAGGUGCAGGUGGAUCCACCACAGUUAACUGUCGGUCACCUGCAUCAAGACCUUCUUGAGGUGAACCAAGUGAAAGGGGCACACAUACUGGAUCUACAGACGCAAGUACAGCUGGGCCACAUUGAAGUGGAACACUUGCACAUAGAGCCAGGCACUGAGAUACAAGUUGAGGAAGUGCAUGUGGAACAUGUAAACCAGAUACACAUGGAAGAGGUUGAGGCAGAACUUUUGGACGAGUCCAGUAUACAACACAUCGAGCAGGCCAUCGUAGAACAAGAUGAAUCCUGUCAGGCAGAAGAGGGAGAACUUCACCAAAUAGUCCACACGGGGGCAGAAACCUUACAGAUUAAACAAAUGGAAAUUACACACAUUGAAGCGACUGCUGAGUAGAACCCAGACGCGCAUGCUGCUUUAAUGCUAAUGGGCAUACCUAUAUAUUUGUCAUAUUCUCAAUUCAGCAUUUUUGAAGCUAUUUUUACAGAUGCAUAAUCUCAUGAUGACAAAGCUUAACUUAUACACCUUUUGUUCUUUAAAGGGAUUCUGUCAUCCCUAAGCGAAAAACAAAUCGCUAUAUUUACAUGAUCAGGUGCACCAAACAACUGCUUUUUGGGGCUAAAAUGUGUCCCUGGCCAUUGUCAAAUUCCAGACACCAUGUGACACUAUAGCUACAUGUGUUGCCUGGAGCUGGUAUACAGCCCUGUGAAAGGGGUGAGUUGGGUGCUCUGGCAGCAAGGAAAGCUGUCACACAGCAAUUACUCCAUGCCCGUUUGUGGUCCUGGCAGCAGCUCCAACAGAGCUUAUCACUAACUUGGAUUGCAAAUAUUGGUUUAAGGACGACAGUAUCCCUUAAAAUAUUUCUCAUGAAUAAAUUGUUCAGACUUAAAUUAUCUAAAGGGGACAUAUACCAACCUGUAUAAUUCUGAGCUCUUUUGCAUAUAACAUUUUUUUAAUAGAUUUCAUGAUAUCGGCAGUUUUACACUGCUAAUAUCAGGAAUGCGUAACUGGAAUGUCUCCUGCUCUUCUGUCCAGAUGGGGGCCAAAUAAAAAAGCAAAAAUGUGAGUUUCUUGCAUCUCGGGGUGAUGCUGUGCUCGGCUCUGUACAGGAGGGUAUAUCUCCCCUUCACUUAUAUUUUUGUGAAUCCUAAAAGGAUCUGCAAAGGAAAUCACACUUAUUAAGAAAGCAGAAAGCAGUGUCACAUCUUGCCACAGUUCACUUCUCAUUCUUUUUUUAAAAAGACCAAAGUGUGAAAAGCGUUACAUAAAAUGCAGUCGUCUUUGUAGAAAGAGUAGAAAAAUCUUUUUUAAAUUCAUUUGUCCCAGGGUGAAAAACUGUCAAGCGGGAAUAAAAAGCAACUUUAUUUUUUCUAUAAUGAAAGAAAAUGUAAGUUUCAAUAUAUAUUCAUUACAAUGGUUUUACGGUUAUCUGCAAAUGUAAAAGAACCCUUUUGGUCCAAAACAUGUAGUUCUAUGCAUUUCUUCAUAAAGCCAAGACUUUAUUGCACCGACUAAGCUCUUCAGAGGAUUCUGUUUUAUUUAUAAAAGCAGUAUCUGGCUCUUUGCACUUCCUGGUUCUGACUCCUGAAGCAAUGUAGCGAGACAGCUGAUAAAAGGAGCCUAGCAGCAAUAACCCAUAGCAACCAAUCAGCAGGUAGCAUUUACUGGUCAUCUGUUUUAAAGCAAGCAUCUUAUUGGCUGCUAUGACUUACUGCUCCUUGUCAAACUUAGCGCCUUUUAUUACAUAUGGGGAUAGAGGAGAACUUCAGUUACAGAGUCAAAACCAGAGACCGGAAAGCGCCAAACUCUGCUUUUUAUUACAUUUCCACAUAACUUUAUAACCAGUUGAAAUUGUUAAUGAAUGCAUAUUGGAACGUUGACGGUUUUUCAGCAGAAGACCCAAAUUAUCAAAUCUUUUGAGGAAACAAGAGCCUGAAUGAUACAUUUAUUUGAUAGAAUGUAGAUGCCGACAGAAAGUCAGAGUGAGCCUGGGCAGUUAUUCAUUGUACAAAAGAAUAUUUAAAGACAAAUGUUUCAACUGUUUUCACUUGAAAAUGAACAUGAAGGCUAGAAGUGCAAGUGGAGCUGCUCACAUCUUGCAAGUUUAAAAUUGUGUCUUUCUUUGUACAAGGGAUCCUUGGGAAAGCUUUUCAAUCAGAAAUGAAUGUAAUAGAGCUCAUUAGAAAGAGGCGCUGCCGGCAUAUUGGUGCAAAAAGCAUUAUAUGGGUUGGGGCCCAUGCAGCACCACUGUACCCCAACAGUAGUAGAACAGUGCCCCCAGCUCUGAUUCAUGCAACCAACCAACCAACAAAGAAAGAAAGGUCAAGUUCACCUUUAUCCCUUUGAGUGCCAGGUAUGAUGAAAGCAGUGGGGACCACACAGUACACAGCAUCAUGUUUUUCCCUCCAUAGUGUAACCUGGAAAUGUAGAAUCUAUGCAGUUGGCACACUGGUACUUUAGUCUCAGCCGUGUAGAUCCUAUGAUAUGCAGCACUUGAAGGGUUAAACUAACCUUUAGUAAGCUGUUAUAGGACAGUUUCUCCACUACUGGCCGUUUCUUGAAAGGUUUUGGAAUUGCCUUUUUUUAUUCUGCCUCUUUCCAGUCUGUAAAUUAAAAUACAGUCUGUUUGAGUAACUAGAAUUACUUUGCAUGUUUAAUUUCAUUUUUCUACUUUCCCUUUGGGUCCUGCCAUAUUAAUGUUCCAUUCUGUCUUCAAAAGUGCUGUCUGGUUACUAGGUGAAUGAAGCCAUAGCAGCCAGAUAGCAGUUUAAAGUCUUUAAGUUAGAUUACCCCUUUCAGGUGAAAAUAUGUAUGAAAUUUUGUAUGAAAUAUUUCCUAGAAAUCUCUCAUUUUGUGCUUGCUUCAUUUGGAAUAUGUGAAAUAUAUAUGCAACAUACUA